CACACGCCCCCACCUCACAGUGGGUCGGGUGGAGACAGGGGGAGAAAGGAGACUCGGUGCGGAUCAAACUACCCAGGGUGACCUCUUGCAUUCCCUCAGAACCUCCAGGUACAGCCCGAGACUUGCACAACACAUUCAGCACGUCUCUACACACCGCAACCGGUUAAGACCAGCUACCAUGUCACGAUUCAGUACCCUUUCAGCCCGAGAGAGGAAGAUGCAGGCGGCGGCCAUUUGUCGUGAGGUUCAUGGUGGUGCCAAUGGUGAUACCAUGGACCUUGGCAAAAAGCUCUCCAUCCCUAAAGACAUCAUGUUGGAGGAGCUCUCUCUCCUCUCCAACCGAGGCUCCCGCCUCUUCAAAAUGCGGCAGCGGCGAUCAGAGAAGUACACCUUUGAAAGUAUUCAGAAUGAAGCCAAUGCAAUUCUGAAUAAUGAAGAUCAAGCUAAUGUUGAAUAUGCGGAAAGUAAAGACGCAUCUAAAACACCCCCCAACACCCCUAAUCUCAGAAAUGCAGCGAACCCUGAGGGAAUCGCACCGGGUUAUGGGGGCCCCCUGAAGGACGUGCCCCCCGAGAGGUUCAAUGCCACAGCCCUGCCGAAGUCCUACCACUCCCCCUGGGAAGAGGCCAUCAUCAAUGACCCGGCUCUGGCUGAUACGCUCCAAGUCAGGAUGCCUGUACCUGAGCCCAGAGCCGAGAUGCCCGAUUACAGGAGCUUUAAUAGGGUGGCCACACCAUACGGAGGCUUCGAUAAGGCCCCUCGAGGGAUCACCUUCAAGAUCCCAGAGAUCGACCUGAACCCGCCGCAGUACCCCGAGCUCCAGGACGCCACAGCCAAGAGACCUACGUUCAACAGAACAGCCCAGGGCUGGAUCUCUGAAGGCCUGCCCCUCAUCCUUCCCACCGUGCCCCUGGAGACCCCAGAGAUCCCAGAGUCUGAUGACCUGUAAUUGCGAUGAUGGCUGCCUCGUUGCGGCAGAGGGUCCUAGCGGGGAUUUGACCAUUCUUCCCCAACUACUGAACAGAAAACAGUUUUCUAGGAUUAAGGGUAGUGUCAGGAAACUGGUCUUGGAACAAGGGUUGUCACCAACAUAGAGCAUUCUAGAAUGGGUUUAAGGACUAAUAAUUGUUCCAGCACAAAGCUGUUGCUUCUGUACUGGCAAUGAUCAUAUUAAAGGUUAGUAGCAACAUUAGUAUCAUCUUACAGUGCUGACAGCAGCAACUAAAAAUCAAUAAUAUUGUUUUAUGCAUCAAAAUGAACAGGUCAUCAAUUUGAAAUUAAUAAUACAGCACAUCUUGUAAUGCAGUUAAGCAAUUAGAGUAACAAAAAAGCCUGAUCCAUCUAAAAGAGUCAUUUUAACUUCAUAAAUAUGUUAAUUACUAAUGUGAAUUUAUGAUGCAUUAUUGAAAUAUACAUAUCAGGAGUCACUACUAAUAAUGUAGACUUCAUUAAUUUAAUGUUUUUGGGGCUUCAGUUUAUGAUUACAUUAGAGACCAUAAUCUUUUUUUUUUUCAGAGUAAAUUGUUUUAUUGAUAUGUUUUAUUUGAAGUAGGAAGAAGUUUUUUUUAAACCUUUACACUGACGCAGUUUUGCACUCUGUAGCUGUGAGUCUCUUACACUAACCCACGAGACUUUAGCAUUUGCAAAAUAAAUUUAAAUCAGUAUAACAAGGGGGAGAGGGAUAAGAGGGCUGUAAAUAAGUCAUGCUGACUUUUGAAGCUGGUUUUUACUGUAACAUAAGUUCAUUGUUGCAAAUCAUUUUGUGAAACGUGUUGCGCUUUCUGAAGGUGUUGCUAUUGCUCAGAUUUAGUGUGAUGAGAAACAUGUGCUUCUGUUGUAGUCCAAACUAUUUUAACUUGUGCUGUAAACUCUGGAAUAAAAUUAAUAUUUAUUUCAAGAAUUUAAAAAA